CUCGCUCGAACCAAACAUGUAAAGGUCCCUGCUCCGAACCUUCAAACCGAAAUCGAGAGAAUACUCUGAAACCUGGUCAACUGCGCUGAGUCAGACCUGUUUCGGACAGAUGGGCUUGCGGCUUGGGGCUUGGGGCUUGGGGCUCGGAACUCUUCAUGAUAGGUUCGUCCGCUUUCCAAUGGCUUUGGGUAGAUCUACAUUUGGCUCGAGAAUGAAGUCAUCCUCCCCUCGCAAACAGCCUCGGGAUCUUUUUAAUCAGAGUACGACCGAUAUACGACACUUUACUAAAACGAACCAGGACUGUAUCGGUGGGGAUGUCAACUUGUGCACCAAAAUGAGUUUAUACAUUCCUUAGGGUUUAGGCCGAGGUUAAAAGUGCCUGGCAAAUGAAGACUUCUCUAGUUGUUGAUGGCGCAGAAGAGCAGUGGCUUUGCAGCAUAUGGUUUCCCGAGCGAGAGUUUGAUUCGGAUGAAAAUAUCGAAAUCUCUGGAGGAUGAGAUGGACGAAAGAGGAACAGAUGAUGGAUGGGGAGGAGGGCGAGACGUGAAUCAAAAGGAAGCUCAGUACUGCACGGAGAUCUUGUGCGAGCCUUAUCAGCACCUGCGGCAGUCCACGUCGUGAGGCCCGACGCACUUGUGGUUCUUAUUGAACGUGAGAUUUAUCGAGUAGAUCAUCCGAAGCUAUGGCCCGAUUCUUCCCCGUAUGCUAGUAGCCAGCCUCGGGCUCACAUGUGGCUCACAGUCCGGGACAGACCAACGAGCCACCGACCCACAAAUACGAAAUCAGUCGGGCCCCUCAGUUGCUUUCUGCAUCGUCCACAGGACAGCAGCCACUGGAUCUGUUCAUUCUCCGUCUGUGCACUCAAAAACUCGAACAUCGUUGAGCUCCGUCUCAUGACACUGUCCGAUUGCGUGAAGUGAAAAACCAGAAGAGAAGCAAGAAGGAUAAAUUGAAUUUAUCGACACAUUGUUACAGGUCCAGGGAAACUUGUGAUCUGAAGUUUUUCGUCCAGAGUUACCAGGCUUUGGAAAGGGAAGGGAAGGGAAGGAUAAUCAUGUCACACGGUGACGAAAAAGUUCCAGACCUUGAGCCAGAUGUUUUCAUGAUAUCACAGCACAACCGAUCCAGCUCAUUUUGGUUCAUAGUACAGGUCUGUACAAGGAAAGGGACCUCCGGCAACCUCAGCUCGGGCCAAAAGUAGAACCAUAGGGCUCUGAAAGCGUCUCAUGAGCGUGAGCCUGAGCUCUUGGAAUUUCAGAAACUCGAUGGAUGGCAGAUGGAUACAAAAGGCGGUGACAGGACACAUCAUUGGGGAUGAUGAGAAGUGGAUGUGUCAUUCAUUAUCAGUAGGACCGGACACCGUACAGAGGUUAAUGUGGCCCUCCGCUAGUCCAGCUUUCGAGUCGAGCCCUCUCCCGUCCCAUCCCCUCCCCUCCCCUCCCCUCGGAACACGGAAAGCAAAAGCUGUGCGCAGGUGGCCGUAGGCUGAGAGCAAAAUUGGUCGAUUCAUCCAUCGAUCUCUAGAUUUCUGAUUCUCCAAUUCCUCAAUUCCCCAAUUCUCCAAUUCCCCAAUUCCUGAUCGCCAUCCAUCAUCGGAGAGAAACACAAUUCUCGAAACGAUUUUGGACCGACGUGAGGGCCAGUGUCGGCAAAAGGGGUCAACAAAUCCCGCUCUCCCAAGUGAAUCAAUCCUCGGGCAUAUUCUUCGUCGGGCGUCGGAUCAGGUACCGGAUCUUGUUGUCGCUCUAAAAAGUGGGGCACCGAACUCAGGUCCAAGCAAUCCGUCCUAUAUUCCGACUCGUUCGGGCCUGCGUCACGGUCGGCGGAGGCCGCAGGGGGCAAUCCCCAAAGUGCAGCAAUUGCCCCCGAGACGUGUACAAUGUGAACGCCUUCUCUUCGGGGGCAGUCGUACGCGGAGAGAACAAAGUUAGAUCCGAGAAUGAUGGUGUUGAUUUCGGAGCCAAUCCGCACGAGAUAAAAUAAAAACGGAGGAUGGACGACGAAUGGGCCCAAUUCGAGUAGCCACCUGCGCAGUGGAGCAUCUGCGGACGAUAUUCGGCUCGGGCUGGAUGCCUUCCGAGGCUUCGAGGGGGUUUCAGAGCAGGACGCUCCCAAUCCAGAGGCGCUCGACGGGUUCAGACGCACUCGUGACAGAAAAGUCGAGCGGCAUUUGGACGAUCGCGCCGCUGGGGGAUAAACGAACCUCGAGGAUCUGCGGGAAGAAUUUCGGAUAUGCCGGAGAGGUCCUUUGAGAGUUUCGAAGGACAACGAGCGCCGCCCACUCGUUGCAACUACCGCAAAUCCACGAUAGAAGCCGAGCGAGGAAUCGAUCGGCCGCGGUCAGCAAACGAAAUGCAGCUCGCAGAAUACAACCGUUCGACGGGCCCAGGAUCAGAAUCGAAGUACUGUAAACCCUUUUCAGACGAAUUCUCCCCCUCCCGAAAUCCCCGAACUUCAGAAUUGUCGUCGCCGUUAAAUCGUAUUCUGGAUGAUGACAAGAGGAUGCGGUGAAGCGAACCAGACGUCCACAUUUCUGCUACCACGUCGGAGACAUCCAGACAAUAAUUGACUCGACCUGGUACGCGAUCUGCGGUUGAUGUGAUGGGUAGCC